AAAGAAAAACCAAAAGCUGAUCGAGCAGCCUCCUCGAGCGAUCUCUCCUUUUCCGGCUCUCUGCCUCCACCGUCUCUCCCUUUCUGUGUCUUUCAGUCUCUCGCAAUGGCUCCCGAGAUCAAUGAAAGGGCCACAGCAGUCGCGGCGAAGAUGGGCGUGAAUCUUCCACGACGGGCGUACGUGACAUUCCUCGCCGGGGCCGGCGACUACGUAAAGGGCGCGGUCGGCCUGGCCCAGGGAUUGAGGAAGGUAGGAUCCGCGUACCCGCUGGUGGUGGCAGUUCUCCCCGAUGUGCCGGAGUGCCACCGCCGGCUACUGGAGUCGCAAGGCUGCAUAGUGCGGGAGAUCGAACCGAUCCACCCACCGGAGAACCAGACCAAGUUUGCGAUGGCGUAUUACGUCAUUAACUACUCCAAGCUCCGGAUCUGGGAAUUCGUAGAGUACGGCAAGAUGGUGUACUUGGACGCGGACAUCCAAGUGUACGAAAACAUCGACGAGCUGUUCGACCUGCCCGACGGACACUUCUAUGCGGUGAUGGAUUGCUUCUGCGAGCGGACGUGGAGCCACACCCCGCAGUACCGGGUGGGCUACUGCCAGCAGUGCCCGGAACGGGUAGCGUGGCCGGCCGCCGAGCUCGGCCCGCCGCCAUCCCUGUACUUCAACGCUGGUAUGUUCGUGUUCGAACCCAGCAUCGCAACCGCCGACGCCCUCUUGGCCACCCUCAAGGUCACGGAACCCACACCGUUUGCCGAGCAGGACUUUUUGAACAUGUUCUUUAGGGACAUUUACAAGCCUAUCCCUCUGGUUUACAAUUUGGUUCUGGCCAUGCUGUGGAGGCACCCGGAGAACGUGGAGCUCGACAAGGUCAAAGUGGUCCAUUACUGCGCAGCGGGAUCGAAGCCAUGGAGAUACACGGGAGAAGGGGAGAACAUGGAUCGGGCUGACAUCAAAGAGUUAGUCCGGCGGUGGUGGGACGUCUACAACGACGAGUCCUUGAACUACAAGAAGCCUGCCGCCGUCUUAGACGGCGGCUCUGUGGUCGCCGUCGAGGCGGAACGUCGGCCGUUCCUGGCGGCGCUGUCGGAGGCGGGCACCGUCAAGUACAUAAAGGCGCCGUCUGCCGCCUGAUAUAUACCCGCGAUUUAGAGACAUCUGGGGUUCUGGCACCUGGGUUGCACGGCGGAAGGGAGAGCUGGGGGUGGGGUGGAAAGUGGAGAGGUGGCUGGAAAUCGAUUUAGUUUUCGCGCUUGGUUCGUUUCAAAAUCUUGUGUUCUUAUGGAAGAAGUGUGUAAUUGUAAGCACGAAGCUUCUCGGGGAAUUUGAGAUUUUGAUGUGAAUCUGUAGCAAAAAAAAAUUCCUUAAAUUAAGAGCUAUUUGAGGAAAAUCAUAUCUUUUCUAUUAUGUGGCUAUUCGUUGAUGAUUAAAGUGGUCGUAGAAAGGAUGAGCUCAACAUGCAUGUUACACGGUGGAGAAUGAGCUGAUCGAACCAGUGCAGUUUUUCUUCUUUUACGAAAACAAGAUGGCGAGGGAUUUCAUGACACAUA